ACCAAAAUAUCUAACCAUCUCCAGAACAGACCCUGGACUCGACCUGAAUAACAUCAAUCCAUUCCUUGUUAAAAAACAAAUCGACUUUACGUGUGAUGGUGAAAUAGAAGAAUGCAAGACUCUUCGUAAUGGCACUCUGUUAGUUAAAACUAAAACUGCUGUUCAAGCUUGUAAACUAAUGAAACUUAAAGCAUUUGCUCCCAACAUUAACGUUACUGUCUCUGUACAUAACUCUUUAAACUCAUCUAAAGGAGUUAUUUACUCUAAUGAUCUAAGAGGAUUAGAAGAAAGCGUUAUUGUGCAAGAACUAGCAAACCAAAAAGUAACAGAAGUUCGUAAAAUUCUUAAAAGAGACAACGGCGCACUAAAGGAAACAGGACUCUUAAUUAUUACAUUCAACACACACAAUCUUCCUGAGUACAUAAUGAUCGGCUACCAGCGGACUUCCGUCAGAGUUUAUAUCCCACUGCCCAUGAGAUGUAACAAUUGUUUCAAAUACGGCCAUCUCCACAAAUUCUGUAAAAAUAAUAAAAUUUGUUACAACUGCGGAGAAGAACACCAUAUCGACCCGACCUCUAACAUCAAAUGCAAUAGACCGCAAAAAUGCAUUAACUGCAACAUUGAACAACUAGCAAACCCUCACAACUCCACCAGCAAGAAAUGUCCCGUAUUUCUGAAACAACAAGAACUCCAAGCCAUUAAAACUACGAACAGAUGUGACAACAAAACGGCAAAUACAAUCCUCAACGCUCGAUUCUCCAAGGAAACUUCACAAUUAUACUCAUCCAUCGCCAAGAAUUCAAAUUCCCAACAAUCCAUUUCUACAAAACCUCAACAACCCAAAGAACCCAGACUCUCAAUCCAUGAACAAUCUAUUCUUGAAAAACUCAACAAUUCAACAGGACCUCAACAACUCAAAGGACCCGGAAAAACGCACCAAGAGCUUUCAAAUCUUCAAAAAUCGAACAAUACAACAGGACCUCAUCUACUCAAAGGACCCGAACCCGGUAACUCCAAUCAUGAUCAAUCCACUUCCAGACCAGCUCCCACAUCAUAUGCGGACCUUUAUCCUAGCACCAGGAAAACCUCAACCGACAACAAUUCUCCACAAACAACCAGGAACUCCCCAACUAAAACCACCAAAAAACUAUCACUAGACAUAUCAAAACGAAUAACUUCCAUAAAAAAAGACGCAAAAAAACUCAAAACACUCUUAAACCCUGACACUUCAAGCGAUUCAGAGGAGAUGGACAUUUCGUAA